CAUUGUCCUUAAUUCUCCCAGCAUUCACCUCCCUCGUUCUACUUCUACACCCCCUUUUGUGCUCAUUUUCCCUUACAAAAAUCCCAGAACUCAGUCGAUCACACCAACGUACAAAUCCCUCUGCUUCAAAGUUACAAACUUUAGUUGCAUUUCGACAGAGGAAAAAUGAAGGCAGGAAAAAUGUUGUUUUGCUCAAUUCUUGGUUCGGCAUCAUGGGUGGCUCUCAUUUACAUGUCCUUUGGUGAUCACUUGAUGAUGCACAGUCGCAAAGUACUACAUCAUGACUUGAUGCUGAGCCAUCGUCAUGAAGAGAAAAAGUUGGGUUUUGUGGAGAGGAAUGGGACUCAGUUCAUGUUGGAUGGAAGAAGCUUUUACAUAAAUGGGUGGAACUCUUACUGGUUGAUGGAGCAAGCUGUGGAUGAACAUAGCAGACCCAGGGUCCGGGGAAUCCUCCAAGCCGGUGCAAACAUGGGUCUCACCGUCUGCAGAGCUUGGGCAUUCAAUGAUGGCGCUUACAAUGCCCUCCAGCUUUCCCCUGGUCGGUUUGAUGAUCGAGUUUUCCAGGCACUGGAUUAUGUCAUUGCAGAAGCAAGACAACAUGGAAUAAGGUUGCUUCUUAGCUUAGUCAAUGACUGGAAAGACUAUGGUGGGAAGGCUCAAUAUGUUAAGUGGGCAUUGGAAGAAGGCAGAGCAGGUUUAAGUGCCUCUAAUGAUUCCUUCUUCUUUAAUCCAUCCAUCCGCAGUAACUUCAAGAAUUACAUCAAGAGUAUCCUGACAAGGAGGAACUCCAUUACUGGAAUUGAAUAUAGAAAUGAUCCCACCAUCUUUGCCUGGGAAUUGAUAAACGAACCCCAUUGCAUGUCUGAUGCUUCAGGCGAUACUCUUCAAGAUUGGAUAGAAGAAAUGUCAACUUUUGUGAAAACAAUUGACAGUAACCAUCUACUGACUGUUGGCCUAGAAGGAUUUUAUGGUCCCAGUAACCCCAAAAGCUUGACCAUAAACCCAGGAGAGUGGGCUUCCACGCUUGGAACUGACUUCAUUCGCAACUCCAACAUCUCUCACAUUGAUUUUGCUUCUGUUCAUGUCUACCCGGAUCUUUGGUUGAACAAGAAGCAAGAACUAGAAGACAAGCUCAAAUAUGUCUCAAAGUGGAUGCUUUCACACAUUGAAGAUGGAGAUAAAGAACUGAGGAAGCCUGUCAUGUUCACUGAAUUUGGAUCGUCAAACCAGAGUAAUGACUUCCAACCAUCUCAGCGAGAUAUGUUGUUCAAAACUGUUCUAGAUAUCAUCUAUCAAUCUGCAAAGGAAUAUCGGUCCGGUGCAGGUGCAUUGGUCUGGCAGUUCUUUGCUGGAGGAAUGGAAGAGUUUUAUGAUGAAUUUGGUUUUGGUCUAUGGUCAAGGCCUUCAACCUAUAGGCUCAUAACAGAACAAUCAUGCAAGUUGGCUACAAAUUUCCUUCCUCCCUUUCCUUGAUUAAUUCACUAAAAUUCUCAUUUACCACAAAUAUAAAAUUAAGAAAAAGGAAGAAUUAAUAUCAAACAGUCUUAAAUAAGGUAAUGACUCUAUUAGGGUUAGAUAAGUGAUAACUUAUAUCAGCACAGAUAAGCAUUAGCCUUUUGCCUUGUAAUAAGCUGUUGGUUUGUUUUCCUUUGUGUAUCUGUUUAUCUCCCUGCGUGUAUAUAAGCACCCCUCUGUAAUGAUAAGGAUAGAAACCUUUUGAUUAAUGUGGAUUUGAUUUGUGAUUAAUUACCCUUAAUUCACUAGACUUGUUUUGUAUUUGAAAUCACCU